AUGGCUCAAAGUAAACUUAAUGAUAUGGCUGGCAAAUUUGCUAAAGGUGGACCACCCGGACUUAGUACUGGUUUAAAAGUAGCUGCUGUACUCGGUGCAGGGGUUUAUGGAAUUUCACAAUCCCUAUUUACGGUUGAAGCUGGUCAUCGUGCGAUUAUGUUUAAUAGAAUAGGAGGGGUGCAAAAUCAUGUUAUGUCCGAAGGUCUUCAUUUUCGCGUUCCAUGGUUCCAGUAUCCUAUCAUCUAUGAUAUCCGAUCUCGACCUCGCAAAAUUUCUUCUCCAACCGGUUCUAAGGAUUUGCAAAUGGUUAACAUUUCUUUAAGAGUAUUAUCUCGCCCCGACUCAAAUAACCUGACUACCAUGUAUAGACAACUUGGUACUGAUUAUGAUGAAAAAGUACUUCCUUCAAUUUGCAAUGAAGUUUUAAAAUCAGUGGUAGCUAAAUUUAACGCAUCUCAGCUCAUCACUCAACGUCAACAAGUGUCAUUGCUAAUUAGAAGAGAGUUAGUUGAGAGAGCAGCUGACUUUAACAUAAUAUUGGAUGAUGUUUCAUUGACAGAAUUGAGUUUUGGUAAGGAAUAUACGGCAGCCGUGGAAGCUAAACAAGUAGCUCAACAAGAAGCUCAGCGUGCUGCUUUUGUGGUAGAAAGGGCUAAGCAAGAGCGUCAACAGAAAAUUGUACAAGCUGAAGGAGAAGCAGAAGCUGCAGAAAUGUUAGGUAAAGCGAUGGGAAUUAAUCCUGGGUACCUAAAACUCCGUAAAAUUCGUGCUGCACAGAGUAUUUCCAGAAUGAUUGCUCAGUCACAAAAUAGAGUCUUCCUGUCUGGCAAUAGUUUGAUGAUUAACCUUCAGGAUCCAUCCUUUGAUGACUUGUCAGAAAAACUUACGAAGAAGAAG